AUGGUUGUGGCUGACAAUAUCAAAAAUUAUCGCUUCUAUACAGAUUCAAAGGGCCAUUUACUUUCAGGCCACGAAUGGGAAGAGUAUGAUGCAACUCACGAGAAACCAACUGGCGGCAAAUUGCCCGAUGGUUGGCCCGAAAAAUUAGAAGGUCCAUUGGUAUGGAGGGGUCAAGAGUUGCAGAAAACUCCUGAAAAAUAUCUAUACAUCUUGGACGAGGACGAUAAGUUAGAGCUCGCAGGAGCAAUUGAGAAGUUUGAAGCUAGCGAUGCUGCAGAUAAUCUCCAAGAAAUCAAUAAAGAAACAUUUCCCUUACCCAAUCUUGGUACCAAGCUUGAGCUCUUCUCAACGGAAUUGUAUGAAGGAAUUGGUGUUAAGCUAGUCAGGGGCUUUCCCUUAGACGAAUACAAUGAGCGGCAAAGAAUCAUCGGCUAUCUUGGCAUAAGCUCUUACGUUGGAGAUUUAAGGGAUGCACAAGGUAUCAAUCGAGCACUAAUCCACAUCAAAAGCAUUGCACAUGUGCCAAAAGAGGAUAGAGCUCCUAUAGCUGUCAGCCAGCAGACAACGGAUCCACAAAUGUUCCAUAACGACGCAGGGCUUGAUAUAGUUUCGCUUUUCGUAUUGGAUGUCCCGAAGUCUGGUGGAGAGUCGCUAAUUACCUCUACUUAUACCAUUUAUAACGACUUAGCUCAAACUAGACCUGACAUUAUCAGCUUGUUGGCAGACCCAAAUGAGUUUGAAUUUGCUCUGAAAUCCAAAGAAGGUGGAAAUAUGAUUCAAUAUCAACAAGGUAAGCUCUUUUCACAUUUCAGUACAAGGGUAUUUAUUGGAUUUGGAGAUAUUCCAAGAGAUGAAAGGUUCCCGCCAUUGAACGAGAAGCAAAAGGAAGCAUUUGGAGCAUUCAAUUGGAUUGGAUAUAGAAAUACUUUGACUCUUCCUAUACAAAAAGGGGACAUCGAAUACUUGAAUAACCUUCACCUCCAGCAUUCAAGACUUGGAUAUGAGGAGGAUGCAGAACACAGAAGGCAUGUUGCUAGACUAUGGCUUCGAAACUCAAAAUACAGCACAGAAAUUGAAUACCCCAAACCGCUUCAGGCUAAAAUUGAUCAAGGCUUUUUCCCUGCCAAGUAUCAUCAAGAAAUACCAUUGAAUGUUCAAGAGGAAGAAGACUUAAAGAAAAAGUAUAAGAUCACCUCGUUGGCUGAGCUUUACGCUAAACCCAGAUAG